GGUCGCCUCCAGAGGGGGUUUCACAAUGAACCUCUCAGGCUGCUCCCAAAGCUCGGACUCGGUACGGCCACCACAACAACAUGCCUUUUGAGUCGGAACAUGCUCCAAUAUCCAUACCAAACGUAGACAUAUGGACAUUCCUCUUCGAGCGUACUGACCGGGUCUUUCCAGACAAUCAUGUCGUCUUGGUUGAUGUUUCAGCCCGGAAGCAGCACACAUUCCAGGAUGUCCGUCAAACCGCCGAACGGUUUGGUCGAGGUCUGCGACACCAUUGGAAUUGGCAGAAAGGCGAUGUCAUGGCUAUCUUUAGCCCAAACAAUGUCGACAUUGCACCGGUGACGUUCGGUUCUCAGUGGGCGGGUGGUGUCGUUUGUCCGUUCAACAACCAGUACACUGCAGCAGAGCUAGCCUCGCAACUGAGCUCUUCCCGCUCGAAAGCAAUGGCGACUCAUGUGGCAUGUCUUGAAGUGGCAAAGGAAGCUGCGCUCCUCGUUGGACUGUCUAUGGAUCGCAUCAUCCUUGUCGGCGACCAUGAUCCCAAAGGACUAGUCAAGCAUUACUCGAGCUUGCUCAAUGACUCCACGGCCGUAACCAAAGCCACAAUCAACCCGGAAGAUGACGUCGCAUUUUUGGUGUACUCCUCUGGAACCACAGGACUACCAAAAGGAGUCAUGUUGACGCACAAAAACAUUGUUGCCAACGUUUUGCAAGUUACUGCCAUGGACCUUGGAGAAGUCGACUGGAGAGAGGAUCGCUAUGUUGGCUUCCUGCCAAUGUAUCAUAUCUAUGGUCUGGCCGUGUCAGUUCUCGCUCCGGUAUAUCGAGGCCUGCCCAUGUAUAUCAUGCAAAAGUUCGAACUGGAGAGACUGUGCCAAGUCAUACAAGACAGCAAGAUCACAAUGGUCUAUAUUGUCCCCCCAGUGGUUUUAUUGCUUGCCAAACAUCCAGCUGUUGCCAAAUACGACUUGAGCUCCGUUCGAAUGUUGCAUUCUUCAGCUGCGCCUUUGACCAAAGACCUGGUGGACAUGGUUUAUAAACGGUUGAAUGUACCCAUCAAGCAAGGCUAUGGACUGUCAGAAGCGGCGCCUGGUGUGGCAUCUCAGAGCUGGAGUCAAUGGCAAACUAGCAUAGGAUCCGUGGGGAAGCUAUGUCCUUCAAUGUCUCUCAAGUUCGUGGGCAAUGGUAAGGAAGUUCCUGUGGGCGAAACUGGUGAGCUCUGGAUAAAAGGACCAAACAUCUUCAAAGGCUACUAUGAUAACCCAAACGCAACGGCGGAGUCGUUGGAUACUGAAGGGUGGUACCGAACUGGAGACAUUGGGUACAUCGACAACGAUAAGAACAUCUACACCACCGAUCGUGUCAAAGAGUUGAUCAAGUACAACGGCUUUCAAGUGGCACCCGCCCAACUUGAAGGCCUUCUGCUUGCAAAUCCAGCAGUCAACGACGUGGCAGUGGUGGGAGUAUUUAACGAGGAGCGAGCAACGGAACUCCCGAGAGCUUACAUCGUGCCUGCACAAGGCUACAAGGCUGAUAUGAGAUUGGAGAAGGAGAUCAACGGGUGGUUGAAUCAGAGAGUCGCGCCGUACAAACGUCUUCGUGGCGGGAUCAGGUUCAUUGAUGUAAUUCCGAAAAGCGCGGCUGGAAAGGUGUUGAGGAGAGUGUUGGCCGAACAAGCGAAGAACGAAAAGCCUCAAAUGGCAGGAAGGUUGAAGCUAUAGAUAUCGAACCACAUCUUCGAAGGCAUAUAG